AUGGAGUUGUCAAUAGAUGCCUUAAAAGAAAAGUUUCUGAGCAUGAACAGCGAUAUUGAACUUAUAGAAAUGAAGUUGAAAGAUGAAAUGUGUAAAAUUUAUGAAGAUGAAAUAAAUCCACUUUUAAUUUUAAAUGAUUUUGAAAAUAUAAAAAAUGAAAUAAAUAAAAUAAAUAAAGAAUUAGACAUAUUGUAUGAACGUAAAAAAAUGAGCAUAAAUUAUAUGCAUAGACAAAUGCAAAAUUAUAAUUUUUUGUUAAAUCUAGAAAAUGAUUUAAAUAUUCCUUCAAAAAAUUUUAACACUUAUCAUAAUUCAGAAAUUAUACUUAAUAACUUUUUUUAUGAUAAUAUUAAAAAUUUUUUAUUAAAUAUUAAUUAUGAUGAAAUUAAAGAAUUAAUAGGUUUAAAUUAUCAACAAAAAUGUAUAGAUAAUACAGGUGUUAAUUUCAAUGAUGAAAUAAAUAAUACUAUGACUAAUGAUAUGCUAAAUUCUAAAAAUUUUGCAACUGAUUCAGGAAUGUUUAACAAUAAUGAUACACAAAAUACCAAAUCAAAAGAUAUGGAAAACAAAUUAUUAAAUAAUAGUACUUGUGGGGAUGAUAAUAAAAAUUCCAAUGAUAAGGAAAGUAUGUUUAUUCCAAUUGACGAUAAUACAUUUCAAACAGUUCCUUUAUUAAUUCGAAGAAGGGCUAAGCUCGAUGAUAUUAAUUUAAUAUACAAAGCUUUAUAUGAUAUAGCCAUGAAAAAGGGAAGCUGCCUUCCUGUGGAAAGAUCAGAAUUGACUCAAAUGAACUUGCAAGUUUUUGGGCAAACAGGAGAGGCAAAAAUAGCUACGUUGAGAUAUUUAAAAAUUGUUGAAGUUAUUAACAAAACCGGUUCUGUGAAGCUAUUAAACUGCGCAGGGUUAAAGAAAAAGAAGAAAAGGAAAAUCUGCCAGUUUAGGUAA